AUGAACGGCACCAAACGAUCAUGGGAUGACAUGGACGACGCUGCUACUGCUGCCGCCGCCGCCGUCACCAUGGACUCCUUUACAGCGACGUUUGGGAACCACAGUCAUGAUCACAGCACCGUCACUAUCACCACAGACGGCACGCGACUCGACGACAAGGCAUCCGCUGCAUCACGCCAAAAGAGCUGCAAUGCCUGCGUAAGAGGCAAGAGACGCUGCGACAAGCGCACGCCCCAGUGCAGCCGCUGCUCUGCCAAGGAUUUGGAUUGCAUCUACCAGAAACUACCCCCAGGCGCAUCAACAGCCGAGACGUGCUCACCCGCCGGAGCCUCCGCGGCCAACCUCACCACUUCCUCCGCCACAGAGUCCGCAAGGCCGCUGGGCUCCGUCACCAGCUCGUGCCCCGUCUCCGCGGCUGCUGCUGGAGGAGGUACAGCAGGCCCAGUUUCUGCCCCUUCUUGUGCUGGCCUUCAUACCGUCUCCUCAUCCUCUGCCGCCAGCUCCGCCUCCUGCGUCUCAGACGUGCCAGAGUUUGAUAUGGGCUUUGACAUGGACAGUUUGGGCACCGAUACUAGUCCUGAGAGCCUCCAAGCUGAUAUUGGCGUGCCACUCAGCAAUUCGACCCACGGCUCUGGCGGACUUGACUUUUCUAUUGUGGACUUGAUGGCCCAGACUGCCGGGGAGGAACAUGACAUUUGGAACCUGCACUCCUUUGCCGAGACUACAACCGAUAAGUUGCAAGUUCCGGCUGUGCCUACCGGCCACUGUACCAUGACACCGCCCUCUAUGCUUCACCAGAACUUGCAACAGCUCCAGCCCAUUCGUGACCUGUCUCUCAUCAAGGACGCUGACGCUGCCUGCAUGGAGAUUGAUCCGUUGUCCGUCCAUGACCCCAACACACGAAUCGGUUACACAGUGAGCUUCUUGACAAGUAUGCACAGCACUUUUACGCAGACGAGAGCCUUGCCCUUUAUGCACCCGCGUCUGUGGGUCGGUCAACUACCCAAAGUUAUCCUUGCUGCUUUUUCAGCCUCGUCGGCAUAUACCGCGUGCGGUCCGGCGAACAAGGGAUGGACUGUUCGUCUACUGGUAGAUGCGGGACGAGAGAUUCAUCGCGAAGGCGAGCGUGCUGUCUCCAAUGAGGACAAGCUGUCGCGCGUACAAGCGUUGUUGAUUCUGAACUCGAUAAGAAUCUUUGAUGGUGAUCUGGGAUUGAGGGCCGCGGCGGAGAGAGAAGUUCCCGUCCUGAUGUCGUGGCUCAAGGAGUUGAACAGUAUUAGGGAGAAUCUCGAGAUGGAGGAGACUCUUGGUGGAGUAAACGCGGCUGUGCGAGAGAAGCCACCAAAGUCGUGGGAGGCCUCUCAGAGCUGGGUAUUUCUGGAGAGUUGCCGCCGCACAUUGAUAACCUCAUACGCCAUUACAUGCAUUUCGUGCAUGCUCAAAUCAGAAACUCCUCCUGUAGCCAACGAUGACAUGUGGCGUGAUGAUAUUAGUUUCACCGCAUCGCGCCACCUCUGGGAUGCGCCAAACUCGGUCGAAUUUUACCGUGCGUGGCGUGAAAAGCCGCAGUUUUUAAUCGAGAACAUGGUGUUUAAGGAUUUCUGGAUGUACGCUCGACCGGAUGAUUGUGAUGAUUUUACGAAGCUUAUGCUUACAGCGUGA